AUGUCGGAUGAAUCACGCCGCGGUGUUUUAGAAGCUCCCCGCAUAAGAGGCCUUGUCGAUGAAAUCAGAUGUAAGUACCUUUAUUACGAUAAAUCACUGUUGUUGGCGGUUAGCAAUACAGCAGCUAAUUUUACCAUAGGCUAUCGGCAGUUUUACGAUGCGGGAAGUAACGAAGAAAAGGCUCUCGCUGAGGCGACGAGAGCUGUGGAGGAAACGGAUCUAGAGCGUCAAACCGCCCUCUACCAACCACAGCAUGAGGAGAGGGCUGAGGAAGAGCCUAGAGCGAGCACCUCGGCAGCAUCAGCCGAACCGAUACCGCUGCAGCCCGAGUCUGAUGACGACAAGGCGUCGACUAUUCUCAACCCCUCCUUGAUGUUUAGCGAUCGGUCUGAUAUACUGGCUGUGUACCGACAAGCCAGAGCAAACGAUGACGACGGAGCGAUAGCGGAUCUAUCGUAUCACCACCAUCGUCAGCAGGAAGAUGACCUCGUACAGAGGAGGAGGAGGAGGAGGAGGAGGAGCGUCUAA